UUUUUAAAUUUCCAUGUGCUCCAGCUGAUCGGAGGUAAGGUGACAGAAAGGUUGAACAUUCUGAGGGAAAACCGCGAUUUUAUAGCUACCUUCUGCGCUUAGAUUCUGUGUUUGAGACAAAAAUCAACACUUAGACAUGGCAGAACAGCCCGCUGCAGAGCAAAUAAAGCAGUUUCGCGACUUUCUCCAGACCUACAACAGGAUUUCAGAAAACUGCUUUGUGGACUGUGUUCAUGACUUCACCAGUAGGAAAAUCCUGGACACAGAGGACACCUGUGCUUCCCACUGUUUAGCCAAGUACAUGAAGGUUACUCAGCGGAUCGGACAGCGUUUCCAGGAGUACCAGCUCACACAGAACGAGGCCAUGAUAGCUGCUCAGGGAAAGGGUAUCUUACCGGGAAGAUAGUCAUGGACUGUAGCAAUGAUUAUCAUAUUUCACAUCAUUCAAAUCUUCAGGAUCGUCAUUAUUGUUGUUGGGAUGUAGAAUUCAAGUUUAUUUAAUGUAGAUACCAAUGUCAAAUCCAUACCAGUGGCCACCUCCAUAAAGGACCACCUGACCAUUGUGGACACUUUUUGGUGCUCCUUUGGUAUACUUUUCCCAUUGAUUCUGGCAUGAAAACAUGAAAAAUCCUGACUGAUGUGGCCAAUUAUCUACUGCAACGAUUUUCCUGAACUCUCUUGAGUGGCCACAAUAGACAGGUUUGACUGCAUUAACUGUAUCUCAGCAUUUCGUACCAGUCCAUGAAUUUGAGAAAAUAUAGACAUGAAAUAAUCAUGGCCCUACCGGUAACUACCUUACUACUUCAACUGUACAAUGUUUACAACUGUAAUUUGACAUUCCUUCUUCUACCGGUGGCUCAACAUAUGUAGGAAGAUAUUUUUAAGCUACAUGUAUAAGUAUGUAUACCUUCCUUGGAGUGUGUUUCAAAUAAAAGAAUUUACACCAUGA